CAUCACAGUUGACGACGAUGUUACCAGGCAAUGGUACAAACCUCAUUCCUAGUGCGAGUAGUGUCAUAGGACACACAAGUAAUCCAUUACUGCCAGUUCCUAAACGUGCAGAAAGUUCUGGCGAUGUGGAAAUUAGUCAUGAAUUGAACAGAGUAAAAGUAAAGGGCAGUGCUGGACUUUUCCUCAGAGAGAGAGAGAGCCUGAACAAAGUGUAUGAUUCAAGGGAUCCUGACCUCACACACAACUCUGAGUUAUCUCCCUCCAGAAAUGACUCAUUUGUGGAAGUGGUUAGAGAUAGCUUAGCAAAGCCAGAAGUCGGGUCAAGUUUGAGCUACUGGACAAUACCUAAACCUGAAAUGAGAGCACUCGGACAAUGUGAAGUUUGUCGCAUAGACGGGGAUUGACCGCCUUUGUACAUAUAUGUCUACAGCUUCUCAGAUUUGACCGAAGACAAUUGUUCGGUGUUGUGAAUGGAUGUUGUUCGGCCGCAGGCCUUCCAAUCACACCGAAGAUCCUGGUUCGAUCACACGAAGGGUCACUUCCAUUGAUAUUAGUCACCGGAAAAAUUAGGAGCACCAGUUGUAGUUUCUCAGGAACUGAAGAUUUGUGCUACAAUCAUCAACAUAUUCCACCUGAUACCAGCAGCCAGUCAGAAAAUGAUUGAACCUUUAUUGAAGGUUGCUUUGCUUGGAGAAAAGUCACUCUUAAUGGAGCUUGGAAGUCCAUUCCGGGAGGCAUUGAGGAAGUUCCUGGUAUGUUACUCAGUUCAGACAGUAGAUUACCAGAUGAAUGAUACAAACAUGAGAGAUAUGCAGUACCUCAGAUACUUUAUGAUUAUACAGUAUGUUCUCCUACCUUGCUUCCAACAGUGGUUUAAAUCGGGCGAUGGUGAGAAAUUGAUUGGUGGACCAGCUCAACCAAGCCAGGAUAAUCCGGAUAACAUUAAAACAAGGCAACAAGCUGUGGAGACUGAUGGCAUUCGCCUGGCCAUGCUUGUUAAGGAAGAACUGUAUAGACCCACAAAAUAUCUUGGUCGUCUUCUACUGUCGCACAUCAUAACAAAGUUUGCCAUACACAAACGUGUUAUCCUCCAGGUGUUCCAUAGUUUACUGAAGACUCACGCAGUUUAAGCAAGAGUUGUAGUAAGACAGGCACUAGAAAACCUUACACCGGCCGGGCCUGGUAGAAUGGAAGAUGGCAAUG